GGACCAUACUUACUCGAUCCACCAAGGAAGCUUAGCAGGAAUGUCGUCUGACCACGAACCCGAGGACAGCGCCGAUGCGACCAGGACGGCGGCAGAGAAAAGACUGUUUGAGAUCCGCAUGAAGAUGAAUGCGGGGCGCAAGAAGAACAAGGAACUCGCUGAAGAAGAGCACAUGAAAGCCUCCCUCCCGGCUGGAAAAGCCAAGAAAUGGUCGGCCGACGUUGACGGCGCUGCGCCCAAGCGCGAAGUCGCCUCAGUUCCGAAGGACAAAGCGUAUAUGCUGGAUACUGUCGUGGAUGCCGAAUUGAAGGCGAAAAAGUCGCACAAGAAGGAGAAACAAAAGGCAGCGUUUGGGUGGGAAGUGUUCAACCAGGACUCACUGUACAAUGCGUACAAGAAGCGACUGCAUGCGCUUCCGACCGAAAAGGUUCCUGGAUCCACAUCUACCAAGGAGUACGACGAGUUGGAGUACGGGAAGAACGAUGGAACGACCGAAGAGGGCGUGGAUCGUAUGGUUGCGGAACUGGCGCAUCGUGCGGACGUCAAGAAGAAGUUCAGUCGACGACGACAGCAUUACGAUGGUGAAGACGUGGACUACAUCAACAACCGGAAUCGCGUGUUCAACAAGAAGAUCUCCCGUGCCUUCGACAAGUACACUGUGGAAAUCCGUCAGAAUUUGGAGCGCGGGACUGCUUUGUAAAGCAAUUCGCAUCCUCGUUGACCAUGCUCACCCUAAAAUAUGCUAAUGUCUAAUUCACAUCUUCCAAGCGUCUUUUCCAUGUGGCUUUCGGGUCCAGGGGGGGGGGCUUGGCAAUGCAGAAACCCC